CCAGGUCUCAAAACGGGAAGGAAGCGGUGGCCGCGGCGGUCUCGCCGCACUUCCGCUCGCGGUUUCGGGCGCGGGGGGAGCGCGGACGAGGCUUCCCCGUGCCGGGGACUGAGACAGAAUCAUUCCCAAAUGCCGGGGAAGCCUCGUUGGAUCACUGUGUUUUAAGCAGAGCUCUGUGAACAGCUUCCACCUUCCCCUGGAAGAGAAGAUGUGGAAGGCUUCGGCGGGCCACACCGUGUCCAUCGCCCAGGACGACGGGGGAGCUGACGACUGGGAGACCGACCCCGACUUCGUGAAUGACGUGAGUGAGAAAGAGCAGAGAUGGGGGGCCAAGACCGUGCAAGGGUCCGGGCACCAGGAGCACAUCAACAUACACAAGCUGAGAGAGAAUGUGUUUCAAGAACACCAGACCCUCAAGGAGAAGGAGCUCGAGACGGGACCCAGAGCCUCGCACGGCUACGGAGGGAAGUUCGGCGUCGAGCAGGACAGGAUGGACAAGUCGGCCGUGGGCCACGAGUACCAGUCGAAGCUUUCCAAGCACUGCUCACAGGUCGACUCCGUCCGGGGCUUUGGAGGCAAGUUUGGUGUCCAGGUGGACCGCGUUGACCAGUCGGCCGUGGGCUUUGAGUACCAGGGGAAAACUGAGAAGCACGCCUCACAGAAAGAUUACGCGAGUGGUUUUGGCGGCAAGUACGGCGUGCAGUCCGACCGUGUGGACAAGAGCGCGGUGGGCUUCGACUACCAGGGCAAGACGGAGAAGCACGAGUCGCAGAAAGACUACUCCAAAGGCUUCGGCGGCAAGUACGGGAUUGACAAGGAUAAAGUGGACAGGAGUGCCGUGGGCUUUGAGUAUCAAGGCAAAACGGAGAAGCACGAGUCCCAGAAAGACUACGUGAAGGGCUUCGGAGGGAAGUUUGGCGUGCAGACAGACCGACAGGACAAGUGUGCCCUCGGCUGGGACCACCAGGAGAAGCUGCAGCUGCACGAGUCCCAGAAAGAUUAUAAGACUGGUUUCGGAGGCAGAUUUGGUGUUCAGUCCGAGAGGCAGGACUCCUGUGCUGUGGGGUUUGAUUACAAGGAGAAACUGGCCAAGCACGAGUCCCAGCAAGAUUAUUCCAGAGGAUUCGGCGGCAAGUAUGGGGUGCAGAAAGACCGGAUGGAUAAGAACGCCUCCACUUUUGAGGACGUGGCCCAGGUGGCCCCCGCCUAUCAGAAGACUGUCCCCGUGGAAGCAGUGAACAGCAAAACGAGCAACAUCAGAGCCAACUUUGAAAACCUGGCCAAGGAGAAGGAGCAGGAGGACCGGCGGAAGGCGGAGGCGGAGCGGGCGCAGAGGAUGGCGAAGGAGAGGCAGGAGCAGGAAGAAGCCCGGCGGCAGCAGGAGGAGCAGGCCCGGGCCCAGAAGCCCACGCCGCCCGCGUCCCCCACGCCUCAGCCCGCUCCGGAGAGGCCGCCGUCGAGCCCCGUCUACGAGGACGCGGCUCCCCUCCAGGCCGAGCCGAGCUACAGGGCCCCCGAGAGCUCACACGAGCCUGAGCCGGCGUACAGCAUGGAGGCUGCCGGCUACCGAGAGGCCUGCGCGCCGGAGGCCGUCUACGAGAGCACGGAGGCCCCGGGCCACUACCCAGCAGAGGAAGGUGCCUAUGACGAGUACGAGAACGACCUUGGAAUCACGGCCAUCGCCCUGUACGACUACCAGGCUGCGGGCGACGACGAGAUCUCCUUCGACCCCGACGACAUCAUCACCAACAUCGAGAUGAUCGACGACGGCUGGUGGCGCGGGCUCUGCAAGGGCAGGUACGGGCUCUUCCCCGCCAACUACGUGGAGCUGCGGCAGUAGGACGGCCGCGCCGGCCCGCGCCCGCCUCCUGCUGGUUCCGCGGGGCGCCGACCCCAACGGCUUUUACAUUUAAUACUUUUGCUGAUGCUUUUGGAAAUGUUUACGCCACAGAAUUUGCUAAUAUAUUGUAAUCAUGCUCCUCGGAGGGUCGGUAAUUGUUUUUAUGCAUUUAAGGUAUUUUCUUUCUUUGCCAAAUCGACUGUCGCGGGGAGUCCUUGGGGGACCUUGGGGACCGGGUCGUCCCUGCCCAUUGUCGCUGGGGCAGGGGGCACGUCUGGGGAGUCUCUCCUGCCCCUGUGGCUGGGAACGGGGAGGGGCCUGUGGAAAUGACCACAGGGACAGCAGCUCCGAGGUGGGGACCGGCCUCCACGCCCCGGAACCUCUCGGGCUCCCACGGUCUCUGUCAUUCUCUCCGCCUGACCCCCGGCCCCUCGCUGCAGUGUCACCCGGGCCCUUGACGACUGCCCCCCCUGCAGUCUCCCGCCCCCUGGGUCCGAAGGCCUGGCCGGCACUCGCUGAUGGCCCUGUCACCCGGCCGGUGCCGGCCCUGGGAGGACAGCCUCUCCGCUGCGGGAAGGCGGGUCCCUUCCCUGUGGUGACCGCCAGAAACGCUUCCCAUCGAGGGAGCUGUGCUCUCCUGCCAAAAUUCCAAGUUAAGAGACAGCCAGAUUUGCUCGAUUGACCUAAGAACUGGGAGCGAACAAGGGGGAACGCUCUGGCCCGGAGGCUCCGUGGCCCCUCUGGGUGGUCGCUGCGGGAGCCCGUCCCCGAGGGACCAGGAGGCCCGCGGGCAGCGCCCUUCCCGGAUCCCGGAUCCCGGAUCCCGUGGGCGGUCUAGGGGGUUGGGUGGCAGUGACUGAGGGACGGCUUUUCUUCCCUGAAGUGCAUUUUCACAGAUAGGUCGGGUUUUAUAUGCAAUUAUUGUAUCUAAAUUUCUGUAGCACACCUCAUAGGUAUGGUUUUUUUAAAUUAAAUGUUCCAAAUAAACUUUUUUUGAUCCA